CCUCCACAAAAUAUACCAUUAGUUUGUUUCUAAUCAACAGAAAAUAAAAUAUCUACCCACAAUGAUAGGGUGGGAAGACAUUUAUAAUGUGCUAACUGCUAUGCUUCCUCUCUAUGUAGCACUAACUUUAGGCUACGGUUCGGUGAAGUGGUGGAACAUGUUCAACCCCAGCGAUUGUGAUACAAUAAAUCGGCUUAAUUGCUACUUCAUCAUGCCACUCUUCACAUUCGAGUUCACCACUCGCAUCAAUCCCUACCAAUUCAAUCAUCUCUUCAUAGCUGCUGAUGUUAUCUCCAAAGCCAUCAUCCUUGUAACAAUAUCAUUAUGGGCUAAUUGUAGUAGUAAAGGAAGUUAUCAAUGGUCAGUGACAAGCUUCUCUUUAUCUAGCUUGAAUAAUACUCUUGUUGUAGGGGUUCCACUUAUGCGAGCAAUGUAUGGGAGCUUGGGAGAGAAUAUGGUCAUCCAGUCUUCAAUUUUGCAAUCUAUGAUAUGGAGUAUGUUUCAGUUGUUCAUGCUAGAGAUCCAACUUGCGAAAAAACAGAUGGAUUUAGCAGUUGCACUGGACAAAUCAGCCAUGGACCUUGAGAACGAAAGUGAAGGGGACAAAAGUAGAAGACCUAAUUCUGUGUUGAUUUUGAUGAGGACUGUUGGGCUAAAGCUUUCUAAGAACCCUAACUCUUAUGCUUGUAUUCUGGGACUUUUUUGGGCACUUGUAUCAUAUAGGUGGAACGUUCAAAUGCCGAACAUCUUAGAAGGAUCGAUACAGAUUAUGUCAAAAGCUGGUUCUGGAGUUGCCAUGUUUUGCAUGGGACUAUUCAUGGCAUUGCAAGAGAAGGUGAUUGAUUGUGGUGUGAGGCUAACUGUGUUUGGGAUGGUGAUGAGGUUUGUGGUUGCACCAGUAACAUUUGCUGUUGGUUCUCUUGCUGUUGGUUUAAGAGGGGACGCACUUCAUGUUGCAAUCAUUCAAGCUGCUCUACCACAGGCCAUUUCGUCUUUUGUAUAUGCAAAGGAAUAUGGACUACAUGCAAAUGUGCUUAGUACCGCGGUUAUCUUUGGCACAAUUAUAUCCAUACCGGUUCUGGUUUCAUAUUAUGCUGUUUUGGACCUCCUACAUGGAUGAUUUUUAGUGUUCAUAUUUUCAUGUGUAUUUAGGUACAAUGUAACAUAUAUAUUUUUGGAUCAAUAAUUAUCAAG